AUGCAGCAUUUGGCUGACCAGCAAGCGGGAAACCAUAGAGGCCAGGUGCAGUUGAACGAUAGCUUUUAUCAGUAUACACUGCACCAGCAGUGCCAAGACCCCAACCCUUACUCAUGGCCUACUCCCGACCAGUUCAGAGCUACUGUGGCAUGGCCUGGGGAUAGGCCUAAUUUUCAGGAAGGUGUAGGUCCCAUAGAGGCCCAAGGAGAUGAAGACGGAACUGAGGAGGAUAGAGAUAUGGAAAAUAAAGAGCGAGAGGGAGACUGUGACCGCGAAUGUUCCUCUAGUCGUCACAGGAGCGAGAGGGAGAGAGACGGAGAGAGGAAAGACAGGGAUAAGGAUAGAGAGAGGAGGGAUAAGGAUAAGGAUAGGAGAGACCGUGAUAGGGACAGGGAGCACGAGAGAAGAGAGAAGGAUCGGGAGCGAGAGAGGGAAAGAGCGGAGAGGGAGAGAUCCACAUGGAGCAGGAGUCGCUCCGAGAGGGACAGAGACAGGGAGCGAGAUUUUGAUAUGCGCGAUGGCCGGAGAUUUAGGGAUAAAAAAGAGGCUGCAGAACCUGAGGCAGACCCAGAAAGGGAUCAGAGAACUGUUUUUGCCUAUCAGAUGCCGCUAAAAGCAACAGAGAUAGAUGUGUAUGAGUUCUUUUCAAAAGCUGGCAAGAACGUCGAAUGUAAGCUGGGGUUCGCAAAGUUCUAUGGAAUCAAUGUUGUUGGAUUAAGUCGUGGUCGUUAA